CAGCCGCAGCCGCCUGCCCCGGACCCACCGCCGCCAUGCCCAAGUGCCCCAAGUGCCACAGGGAGGUGUACUUCGCUGAGCGGGUGACCUCCCUGGGCAAGGACUGGCAUCGGCCCUGCCUGAAGUGUGAGAAAUGUGGGAAGACCCUGACCUCAGGGGGCCAUGCCGAGCAUGAAGGCAAGCCCUAUUGCAACCACCCCUGCUACUCGGCCAUGUUCGGGCCCAAAGGCUUUGGGCGGGGUGGAGCUGAGAGUCACACCUUCAAGUAAGCCCAGGUUGUGAAGACCUCGUCCCUGGCCACCCGCUGGGCCACUGCUGCCUAGGCAGAUGCCAGGCCUUACCUGCAGACACCCAGGGCUCCCCUGUAGCCCCUCGUGCCCACAAUAAACCCGAACACUUGGAA